AAUACCAAUUAAGGGUUUUUACCAUAGGAGGAGAAGUUUGAACUAAUUACGUCAUUCCAAUAACGCAAUUAGUUCAAUGUGGCAGUUGGCUGAUCGUACUCGGGAGUCGAGGCCCCAUCGACGGAUGCCACGUAAGACCGGUGAACCAACCGGUGAAUGGACACGGUAGCCGCCGCCGCCUUCACCACAUCGAUCCCAUUGGAACGGCCUCUGGGACGCGCAAAAGGAGGCCUCGAUGUUUCGUAGGCUCAACGCCCACCAACUGUUCGACGGUUUGCCGAGAAAAUAUUGCUCGGACCUCCAUCAACCCACAUUAGGUUGGUGCCUCAUAUGGCAACAAAAAGUGUUUGGAGGGACUUGCUCGUAAAAUAUUAUCUAGACCUGGUAUUAAAGCCAUGACACGGUGAUCAGUAGUAACGUAAUGGCACGCCACGUUAAUUGCCUUGUAAUGAUCCAUGAAAACGAUGGGCUUUAGCUUCUCAGGGCUACCUCUGUUUCUCUGUCUUCCCUUCAUCUUUCUUCUGAAAGCCAUGAGACAGUCCCAUUUUUGCCAAAUGGACCCUCUGAAAAUUUUGCUUGUAGUGGUCUGUUUGGCUUUUUUAAGUGUUUCAACUGCUUGUUCCAAUGGAAAUUGCAGGCUUCUUGAUGAGUGCUCGUCGGAUGGUGAUUGCGAAUCUGGGUUGUAUUGCUUCUCCUGUCCACUUGGGUUCUUGGGUUCGAGAUGUGUUCGGUCGACGAUCUCCGACCAAUUUAAGCUAGUGAACAAUUCGUUGCCUUUCAAUAAGUAUGCUUAUCUCACUACACACAACUCUUAUGCAAUCGAAGGGGAACCAUCUCACACUGGAGUUCCACGUGUUACAUUUGAUAACCAAGAGGACUCUGUGACUCAACAGUUAAAUAAUGGUGUUCGAGCCUUAAUGUUGGACACAUAUGACUUUGAUGAUGAUGUAUGGUUGUGCCAUUCAAAUGGAGGAAAGUGCAACGAUUUUACCGCAUUUGAACCAGCAAUAGAUACGAUGAAGGAGAUUGAAGCCUUUUUGUCAGCAAAUCCAUCUGAGAUUGUCACUCUAAUCUUAGAAGAUUAUGUUAAAGCUCCAAAUGGAUUAACAAAAGUCUUCAAUGAUUCGGGUUUGUUGAAGUAUUGGUUUCCAGUUUCAAGAAUGCCCCAGAUUGGCCAGGACUGGCCUUUGGUUAGCAACAUGGUAGCAAGCAACCAACGUCUCAUUGUCUUCACUUCUGUCGAAUCCAAACAAGAAUCAGAAGGGAUAGCCUACCAGUGGAACUUCAUGGUUGAAAACCAAUACGGUGAUGGUGGAAUGAAAGCUGGGAACUGCUUUAAUCGUGCAGAAUCUGCUCCGCUUAAUGACAUGAGCAAGUCACUCGUUCUGGUUAACUAUUUUCCGUCUAUACCAGUGAAGUUAACAGCAUGUGUACAGAAUUCAGCAGACCUCAUAGGCAUGCUCAAUACAUGCUAUAAUGCAGCUGCCAACAGAUGGGCCAACUUUGUGGCUGUUGAUUACUACAAGAGAAGCGAAGGAGGAGGAGCAUUUCAAGCAACAGACAUGCUUAAUGGGAGGUUGCUGUGUGGAUGUGACGAUGUCCAUGCUUGUGCGCAGCCUGGAUCGACCUCCGGAGCGUGCACUCCUCCAUGAUGGCAAUGGUGGUAACUACUCCUUAACAUGAAAGGAGGGAGCAUGGCUUGCAACAACAACCCCUUCAUAACAAAUUGUUGUAGCAUAAAAUGAUACACAUGCAAAACAUUUUUUGUUUCUCUUCCAUCACUCUUCUCAUUAUUUCACAAAAAUGACCAGUUGGGAUUGUGAGUGUCAUCUAUCAAUCAUGAAGUGUAUAUGAUGGUUGGGUCUAUGCUCACAGCUCAACUGAAAGGAUGGCAGACUUGCUUGCAAGAAUACACAAGGUUUUUAAAGUAAGAACCAUCCAUGCAUUUUAAUGUUGUGACAAUAUAUCAUCUUCUUCUUUUAGAUGUGGAUGAUCAUAUGUGGUA